GGACAAGCUGGUCAACGAGAAUCCAUCGUCCACGCAAGAAACCAAACCAUUUGCUGUGGUGUGUUUACCUGGUUGUGUCGGUUGUGUGUACGCCACAUGUUCAGUUCACCGACUUGGGAGCCUCGUGAGCACGUGAUGUAAAGCCGCACCCUGCAGCGUUUCGUCCAGAACCCAAGGCGAGCAGUCAUGAACCGUCGCUUGCUCGUCGUCACCGUGGUGGCGACAAUCCUGCAGCGGGUGUGUUCAUUCCGUGACAUCACGGACUCUGUGUUUGGCAGCGCCAACACCGGAGUGCUGGCCGCGUUCGGGGACUUCAACUCGGACAAACUCACCGAUCUUUUCCUUAUUUCGAGCGACAUGCAUAACCUAGACAUCAGGAUUGCGACGGGAGCCAAACCCACCUUUCAGAAGUCCGACGUCAAGUGCACAGUGCCUGGCAUCAUCACGAGUGUGAUGCCCGGUGAUUUCGACGGCGACUCCAUCAUGGACAUUCUGGUGACGGCCAAGGCAGAUCCGUCAUCGAAAGACAUGAAGAUCCACAUUUUCUGGGGCCAGCUGAGCUUGGGCAUUGACUGCGGCAACGGCACCACGCUGGUCGCUACCGACCAGCCUCUCCUGUUCGACCAUAACAGCGACCGCGUCGUCGACCUCCUCUCCGGCAAGCCAGGGGGCGACCCAAGGACUCGGACAGUGUGGACCUUUGGGGCGUCCCGGUCCCCAACCACGCACGCCCUGGGCAUUGGCUUUGGCAAGUUAGCAAGUCCACACUCCAACUCUUUUGUCGACCUCAACGACGACAUGACGGCGGAUCUGAUGCUCACCGCCGAGUCCGCCAUGGAACUCUGGCACUGGACAGGGGAUGGCACUUUCAGCGGGCCCAAGCGCCGGGACUACCCCAGCAACGCGGCGGUGAAAGGCCAGUCUCUGUUCGUGGACAUCGACGCGGAUGGUGACAUGGAGCAUGUGAUGCCCGUCUGCCUCGGCCAGUCGGACUGCCGCAACUCUUCUAUCGUCGUGUUCAACAGCAGCGGGUGGAUCACGUGGCUUGACGGCUUCCACGACGCGAGUAACCAGGUCUGGCGGUUCUUCAGGGAUGCCGAAGGCACGCGGCUGGCCGUGCCCACGGCGCUCCGCACCGCCGACGUGGACAUGGACGGCUACCCCGACUUCCUGGCGGUCCUGGAGGGCCGGCCCAAGGACCGCAAGGGCCCGGUGAGGAGGGCCACCCUCCUCCUAAACGUCCGCUGCCCGUCCUGCCCGUUCGGGCGUAAGCUAGUCCCCUACUGGAAUUACGGCGCCCUCGCGACCUUCGACUCUGUCAGGCUGGCUGCCUUCUUCGACAUUGACGAGGACGGCCAGAUGGACGUGCUGCUGACCAACGGGACCAAGGAAGACGGGCUAAGGACGCACGCCCUGAGGAACCAGUUCAGCGAUGACGCCUGCUUCAUCAAGGUGCUGGCCGUGAGUGGGCUGUGCUACGCCAACUGCCCUCUAGGACAGAUCGCGUAUGGGACCAACCAGCCGGGACCGUUUGUGCGCUACCGGAUCAUCACGUCAGACGGCUAUCCGCAGGUGAGUGGUUGAUGGAUGGAUGGAUGCUACCGGCUGUACACUUAUAACGGGCGGUAGCUUUCACCACCUAGCCUAGAAAUCGAAAAACCAAAAGUGUGAUUCCUUCUUUCACCUUCUAAGCCAAUUUGCUUCCCCCCUGCAAUUUUGUAACUAUCACCAGGAUGACCUCUGGUCGCAUUUUAGCAUUUGCGGUUGGCCAUCCGUGUCCGCGCUUCUCGGUGUCGUAAAUUUAUUUAACCCUUUGGCGGUCAAGCUGUUCGGUUUUUUUUUUUUUUUUUCCAAAAGAUGUUUUUCAGUGCUUCGGUUUUAUUUUCGAAGCAAUAAUAUAUAAAAAGGAUUGAUGCGCAGGUUAUUUCUUACUUAUCUAGUGGGAGCAGAUACAGUGCUUGCAAGCUGUAUAGGUUUAGAAGCAUGAAAAAGAAAGUGUUAAAAGUGAAAAGUUGUCACUUUACGUUUUAUAUUGGUGCGUGGACUUCCUCGACAUUCUUGUGGCUUCAUAUUUUGAACCAGAGGUACUUUACAGAGAUUCUUGGUCAGAUGACAAGCUCUCAUCAUCGGAAUUUAUUUAGAAAAAACGUCAAGUCUGAAUCAGAAGAGCCAGUGCUUCCAUUGCCA